AAAAUACAUUAUCCUGAGUCAAGUCCAAACUACGGAACAUUACGGUACUUGUCUUCUCCCCGAGAGGAUUGGAACUUGUAGCUGCUCCAAAUCGAGCCACAAGGAGAUAAAAUAAUACGAAUAUGAGAUACACUGUGUACCCAACUGAGGCACUGGACCUCAUCAUGUCGAGGUUGACAACAAUUAGGCUAAUAGACAAAGAAAAUGAAAUGGAAAAAUCUGCUCGGUCAGUAUUCAUGAAUCACGUGAUCCUCACCGCCAUUUUCACCCAUUUGCCCACCUCCGCCCUCAAAACCGCUCGCCUCGUCUGCCAACUCUGGGAAUCCAUAGCGACACCCUUUCUGGGCGAAAAAUCCGUCCUCGUCCCCACGAAAAUGUUCCCUUGCUGUAAAUCUGCCCGUAUUCCCUACGUAAAUCCCAAACUCGUCAGAAACAUUAGAUUAGACAACCACUGCAGAACAGGAGAAUGUAAGGGGGACGGCAAAGACAUCGACCAGCGCCACGACUUUUUGUGCAAAAUAAAGAACAACGCCGGCCUCAGUGUUAACCCGUCUUUGCAAAAAGUUUUUGACAACUUAUCCACCCGAUAUUCCGAGCACAUUGAACAAGUUCGUUUAAGACUUAUAGCGGAAUACAUACCCCGUUCGAAGGACAGGACUAGGUCCGUGAUACAUCUUGCGUGCUACAACUUUUCCGAGCUGCCAAAUAUCUGCCUUGUUACGAUCGAGAGGCCAUCAUCCAUACGGGGGCAAGCGAUGGAGAUCAAAUUCGACAAAAGGCUUCCGGUACCCUCGGAGCUGAAAAAACUGUACCUUUAUCCCUGCGCGAUACACUUGCAGCACACCGGUCCUUUCAACUCGAGCGAGAAACUUAUGAUUUUGUCGGAGGAGGAAGAAAAGUUGUCAAAGCCGAAAGCAGUAAAGGAACGAAGAAGGGAUAACAUUCCUAGGCGGGACGAGGUUAUGGAGACGGUGAAGGUUACGUAUGAAGUCGUAAAAAUCUUUGAGGAAACCCUUGUGCCGAUCGAUGUACCAGUUCUACCACCAGUCCCAUACAAUACUAGGAAAGAAAUGAAAAGAGCCGUGCAAGCCAGACCGCCCGUUCGGAAAUAUAGACUUCAUCAACCACGAAGGAACUGAGUAAUUUAAAUUGAAUAUUUAUAGGUGGAUGAUAUGUGCUAAUUUUUAAUAGUAUCCCGAUUUAGACUUAAAAUCUUGGCUGCAUGCGAGAGUAAUAACUAUUAUUUAAUAUUUGCUUAAGUUUGUUGUCUCGCAUCUAAAAUUUAUGCAUUUCAUUUAAAAUAAAAUUAUGGUGGUCCGACAAAUGUGCAAACGAUAAA